AUGGCUAGGCGGCGCAGGGAUAAAUCUCCAUCCAACCUCAAACUGAGACAGCCAGAUAGGUCCGGCCCGAGCGAGAAGACGCUCCUGCAGCUCGCCGAGGAGAGGGGCCUAUUCGACCAGGCGAAGAAGCGGGAGGACGAGAUCGCAAAGAAGGCCGCCGGGCGUCCCAUCUCAGAGCCGGCCAGGGGUGGUGAUGAGGAUGGCGACGCAGAGGGACUGCCCCCUGCCGUUGAGCGCGUGCUUGAGACGCUGCUCUGGUCUGUGAGCCUGGCCAUGCUGCACUUUACGCUUGACGUUCUGGUGCAGCACCAGUUCUCGGUAGACAGGAUAGUAUGGCCCAAAGUCGUGACAAGGACUGCCCAGGCCCUUUUGGUCUUCGGCCUGCUUAUCUACGCCCUCCAUCCGCAUCCUUCCAGCCCUUCACUGCUCCCCGGCUUGCCUGCCCGAUACCAACCGAUAGUCAGACAAGGCAUAUUCUUCACGGCAAGCGUUUGCGCCGGCUGUUAUUUGAUACAUAUCACCAAUAUGUACGGUUACUUGGCCGUCAUGAAACGGGCUCCCUCGCUAGGAUGUCUCUGGGUGUGGUCCGUCAUUGAGCUUGAGCUUCCGUGGGCCGUUCUCAGCCUUGCAGGGGCUGGCUUAUUCCUUUGGAUGAACGGAUACAGCAUCAAAUGA